AUGAUGAAAGAGCUUUUUCAGAAAAGGCUUACUGCCUUUUACGAUAGUUUGAUUUUCACCAAGAAAGAUUCAUGGGGGAAUUCUGAUGUUGUUGUAAUCCAUUCACAGCAACAGGAAAACCCAAAUUCUCUGUCAUCCCAGUUCUAUUUAUGGCUUAUGGGGGAAAAGUUUGAUGAUACAACUACCAUCUUUACCCCUUAUGGGAUAUUCUUUUUCUGUACCCAGAAAAAUUAUUCCAAGAUUCGAUCUUUGUGUUGUUCUGCUACUCUGAUGAGGAAACAGCCUGUUUCUGUUCAAUUGAAGGCCAAGAACGAUGAGGGGUUUGCGUUAAUCGACUCUACGAUACGUGACGCCAGGGUAAUUCGUAACAGCAAGGGGUUUACUGGUGUUUUUGGUGAUGAUUGGAAUUGGCCGUUUGUUGUGGGUUAUAUAGAAGGUGAGUACCCUAAGUCUAAGCUUUUUUGGAAUUGUAUGAAUGAUUUAGAACCCAAAAAGUAUAAAGUAGUUACUGUGAAUUCUGGUAUUAAUAAGAUGAUUAAUGCUGGUGAUAAACCAAUUUCUGGACAAGAAUUAGAUUUUUUGCAAUCACUACUUAGUACUUUCUGUGCUGAAGAAGAGAAACAACUGUUUUCGCGGGGAAAUCAAUCUGGUUUGUUGGUGAAGGGAAAGAACGAUCUUGAGUCUAAAUUUGAACGUGUAGGCUUGAGUGAAAAGGGGAGUAGCAAUUUGGGUUCUGAAUUUGACAAAACUAAACUCUUCUGCGGUGAUAAAUCGACGGGCAGGGUGGAUAACCUUAUUGAUGAUGAGUUAGAUUUUAUGGAGAUGAUGGAGAGUAUUGAACGGUUCUCUUCUUCUCCUAGUGGAGAACAGGAUAAGUUUAAGGUAGCAAACAUGUCUCGUGAUCAGGUGGUGUCGAUGUUUGGAGGAAAUUGUUUUGAUGAUGGUAAAGAAGACAAUCACAAGGCAGGAAACAAAAAUGGUGAUCAGGUAUUUAAGUCCAGGUCAAAUAUUUUGGAUGGUAAAAAUGACAAGUUAAAGGACAAGUUAAAGAAAAUAAGCAGACCUGUUGAUGAUCUGUUUAAGUUUGGGUCAACUAAAUUGGAUGCUAAAGACGGCAAAUCAAAGACCUUUGGAGAAGGAAAGAAAGGCGAUCAGCUGUUUAAGUUUGGAGAGCAGUGUAAGAUUGGAGAGAAGCGAGGCAGGAACAAUCAGCCUCAAUUGGUAAUGGAGGAGAACAAAGGCACAAAAGAUGUCAAGCAACUUACAGAAAGAUUAACAGCCUUCUAUUCCAGCUGGAGGAAAUACAAAGAAGAGAAAUGGGGAAAAGCAGAUGUUUUGGUGAUUACUACUCCAUCAGUGGCACCAGUUGAAGAUAUGUCUCGUAGCUUCUUAGUGUGGUUGCUGGAUGGUGAGUUUCUGGAUACCACAGCUGUUUUUACAGACACUGGAAUAGAAUUUCUUUGCACCAAGGAAAGUUUCUUCAGGCUUCGUACAAUUGGAAUUUGUAUGACAAAGAUUGCAAAGCUAACUGUUUCUGUCCAACUGAAGAAACGAGGAGAGCGAUGUGUAGAUUGGUUAAAAAAGACUUUGAGGCAGGUGAAUACUGCGGCGAAGUCUGAAGCAAACUGGUGCCCACUUGUUGUUGGCUGUAUAUUUGGGGAGUCUGGGGAGAUAGAGGUUCUUUCACGUUCCAAAAUGUUUGAAGUUGCAUAUGUAGACAAUGCUUUAACCAACCUGCUUGAACAGGGGAAUUUUGUGAAAGCAGAAAGGUUUGCAGCUCAACAGUCAACUUUACCUAUGCAAUUUCAGAUGUUGUCUUUGGAAACAUGUGGCAGUGCAAAAACUGCAAAUGCUGUAUCAUUUUCUGAGUUAGCCAAAAUUAGGUCGAUGGAUGAUAAUUCUUAUUUGUCAGAAGAAUUACUCCGUGGUGCAAAAACUCCUACUGACGGUAGAGUGGAUAAUGGAGGACCAGUUGAGCAAACCAAACCUGAAGAAAACAAGGUAUUUGAGGAGGACAAUUCAUCAAGAAAACUUGCAGAUAAGAUGAUGUUGCUUGAGAUAAAGGAGGGUGAUAUGGAAACCUCUAUCACAGAGGACAGUGCAGAAGAAAAGCCGUUGGCUAUGCUAUUGAAUGAUGAAAAUAGUCCCUUACUGCAAGUGAAGGAGCAUGGAGAGCAAUCUGGACCAACUGCAGGAGGAGGAAUGGAUUACAGUAUCCAGCCAACUGGUGUUACAGAUGCUGCAUCAGAAAGUUCUUUACCAGAUGAUAACAAUGGCAUCUCGAGGAAGGACUCUGUUGGUUCUGAUGAUGAUUGGACAUUAGUUGAGAUUGAGUGUCAAGGGAAAGAAACAGAAGUAUCCGAGAGAGUCAGCUGGGGAAGGUGGUUCAUGGGUAAAACCGGAAAAUCAUUUGGUUUUAAAGACGAGGUGUGCGAUGAAGCACCAUCAAAGAGGACCAAGGCUGAUCCAUGAAUACAUAUCUGCAGUCUUUUCUCUGUUUGAUUAGCUGCUGGCCAACAGUAGGUAGUGCACAAUAAUGCUCUUUAUUUUCUAGGUCAAUAAUUUUGGUUGCUUGUAUUAGAACUUCAUAACUCAUCUUUAAAUAUGGUUCCAUCGUGUUAACGAUAUGUGCCUUCGUUAA